CGUCGCUUCUUGCUUCGAAUCCUUUAGGCCCCUUAGCAUCUCGAAGACGAAACAUUGCUCGGCUUGUACGCUUGAGAGUACCCAACCCUUGACUUCAAACUCGCGCUCUGUAUCCAGUCUUUUGGUGACGUCCAAGAAGCAGCAACAAUGGAGCCUUUAGAGCCAACGCUCGUCAACAUCUUGGAGCAGAGGAGUCUCAAAUGGAUCUUUGUCGGUGGUAAGGGAGGGGUCGGCAAGACCACCACAAGUUCUUCCCUUGGCCUCCUUCUGGCACGCGACCGCAGGGUAUUGCUCGUGUCGACAGACCCAGCGCACAACCUAUCCGAUGCGUUCGGGCAAAAGUUCGGCAAGGAACCCACCAAGGUCAAUGGUGUGGACAAUCUAAGCGUGAUGGAGAUCGACCCUACGGGCAGCAUUCAAGAGAUGAUCGAGCAAUCGGACUCUCAAGGCGGAGCGAUGGGGUCGAUCAUGCAAGAUUUGGCAUUCGCCAUUCCCGGUGUGGAUGAGGCGAUGGGGUUCGCAGAGAUCAUGAAGCUUGUCAAGUCAAUGGACUACGACGUCGUGGUCUUUGACACUGCGCCUACGGGUCAUACCUUACGCUUCCUCAGCUUCCCUUCGGUACUGGAGAAGGCGCUUGCCAAAUUUUCCACCCUUGGGCGAAGUCUUGGCCCUAUGAUCAAUCAAAUGUCUGGCAUGUUUGGAGGCGGGGCGCCAAACCAAGAGGACCUGUUUGCCAAGCUAGAGUCUAUGCGUGCAGUCAUUACAGAGGUUAACACGCAGUUUAAGGAUGCAGACAAGACCACGUUCGUCUGCGUGUGCAUUGCGGAGUUCCUGUCUCUCUACGAGACGGAGCGACUGGUGCAAGAGCUGACGCAGUACGAGAUCGACACACAUGCGAUCGUGUGUAACCAGCUGCUGUACCCCAACCCUGGGUCUGACUGCGAGCAUUGCAAAGUUCGAAAAGCGAUGCAGGACAAAUACCUGGGAGAAAUGAUGGAUUUGUACGCGGACGACUUCCACGUUGUGCGGAUGCCUUUGCUCACGGAGGAGAUUAGGGGCGUAGAAAAGCUCAAGAGUUUCUCACAAUAUCUCAUUGAGCCAUACCAGCCAUCAAAUGUCUAGACAUAUCGAAAUAUCAUGAUUUCUAGUGCUGCGCUA